UGGAACUGAUUGGAUUGGUUGAGGGAGUGAAUUCGACAAUAGGAGGAGUCACAUACGACGCUCGGGCGCUAUUCUGUUCUUUGCUUUGCCUGCUGAGAUUCUAAAUGCAACGGAGCCCAAUCAAGAUUAUGCCAUCUCAACUCUUCCUUUCAGAGCACGCGGACAUGAGGACCACAUAAACGGCAUGGACACAGACACAACGCUGCAUCGUUCAUACCGAAACCUCUUCUUGUAGGUAGGAAUUGUAUUUUCUUCAGUCACUUCAGAUGGCAGAUCUUGAGCAAGGAGGAGCAGCCUCUCCCCGAGCCCAGCAGCUCUUCUGAACGCGAGGGUUCGGAUCUGAGAAAGCGCAGGUGUGCCCGGGGUGCUUUCUUUGCUGAAGGGGAAAGUAUCAGGAUUACCAGCCGAUGUAAAUUCAAGGACACUUCUGAUAGUAACUGGUGAGGAAGAAGGGAAAAAGCUGCAAACUGUGACAGUCGGGGGCUCGCGCGAAAGGCUCAACAUAUCACUGGAUUCUACAUUUAUACCUCAAGAAAAAUGUCAUCUCAGACGAAAAUUAAGAAAGACAAGGAGAUCAUUGCGGAGUAUGAAACGCAAGUGAAAGAGAUCCGUAAUCAGUUGGUGGAGCAGUUUAAGUGCCUGGAGCAGCAAUCAGAGGCUCGGAUCCAGCUGUUGCAGGACCUGCAGGAGUUUUUUCGGCGCAAGGCCGAGAUUCAACUGGAGUACUCUCGCAGUCUGGAGAAACUGGCCGAGAGGUUCUCAUCAAAGAUUCGUGGCCCAAGGAAAGAACAACACCUUCUCUCGUCAGUAAACUGCUGGUAUUUGGUUUUGAACCAGACUCGAAGAGAAAGUAGAGAUCAUGCCACUCUUAACGACCUCUACAUCAACAAUGUCAUCGUUCGUCUGGCUCAGAUCAGUGAGGAUGUCAUCCGGCUCUUCAAAAAGAGUAAAGAUAUUGGCAUUCAGAUGCACGAGGAGCUGGUGAAAGUGACGAACGAGCUGUACACCGUGAUGAAGACUUAUCACAUGUACCACACAGAGAGCAUCAGCGCAGAGAGCAAGCUGAAGGAGGCUGAGAAACAAGAGGAGAAGCAAUUUAGCAAAUCUGGAGAUCUUAAUGUCAACCUCCUGCGCCACGAGGACCGACCCCAGCGCCGCAGCUCGGUCAGGAAGAUUGAGAAGAUGAAGGAGAAGAGGCAAGCCAAGUAUUCCGAGAACAAACUGAAAUGCACAAAAGCCCGCAACGACUAUUUAUUGAACCUGGCAGCCACCAACGCCGUCGUGGCAAAAUAUUACAUCCACGAUGUUUCGGAUAUGAUUGAUUGCUGCGAUCUCGGAUAUCAUGCUAGCUUGGCGCGCACAUUAAGGACGUAUCUGUCUGCUGAGUAUAACCUGGAGACAUCUCGCCAUGAGGGUCUGGACAUCAUUGAGAAUGCUGUAGACAACCUGGACCCUCGCAGUGACAAGCACAAGAUCAUGGACAUGUACAAUCAGGUCUUUUGCCCACCCAUGCGCUUUGAGUUUCUGCCGCACAUGGGAGAUGAGGUAUGCCAGGUGAGUGCCCAGCAGCCCGUGCAGACCGAACUUCUGAUGCGUUACCACCAACUGCAGUCCCGCUUGGCCACACUCAAGAUUGAAAACGAGGAGGUACGCAAGACCCUGGAUGCCACCAUGCAGACCUUACAAGACAUGCUGACAGUUGAGGACUUUGAUGUGUCAGACGCCUUCCAGCAUAGCCGAUCCACAGAGUCCAUUAAAUCCGUGGCUUCCGAGAGUUACAUGAGCAAGAUAAACAUUGCUAAGAGACGAGCCAAUCAGCAGGAGACAGAAGUCUUUUACUUCACUAAAUUCAAGGAGUACCUGAACGGCAGUAACCUCAUCAUUAAGCUGCAGGCCAAGCAUGACCUGCUGAAACAGACUCUGGGGGAAGGAGAAAGGGCCGAAUGUGGAACUACAAGACCCCCAACCCUUCCCCCGAAACCACAGAAAUUGCGGAAACCAAGGCCUCGUUCCAUCUAUAACCAUAAGCUGUUUAAUGGCAAUAUGGAGAGUUUCAUUAAGGAUUCAGGUCAACCCAUUCCUCUGGUGGUGGAGAGCUGUAUUCGAUACAUUAAUCUAUAUGGGCUGCAACAACAAGGCAUAUUCCGAGUUCCUGGAUCUCAGGUGGAAGUCAAUGAUAUUAAAAAUUCAUUUGAAAGAGGUGAGGAUCCACUGGUUGAUGAUCAGAGCGAUCAGGACAUCAACUCAGUGGCAGGUGUUCUCAAGCUGUAUUUCAGAGGGCUGGAAAACCCCUUGUUCCCCAAGGAGCGCUUCCUGGAUAUGAUCUCCACCAUCAAGCUUGAAUCAUCUGCUGAAAGAGCCCACCACAUCCAGCAGAUCAUCGUCACCCUUCCUCGCACCAUCAUCAUUGUCAUGAGAUACCUGUUUGCUUUUCUCAAUCAUCUGUCCCAGUACAGUGAUGAGAACAUGAUGGACCCAUAUAACCUCGCCAUCUGUUUUGGACCCACUCUGAUGCCCAUCCCCGAGGGUCAGGACCCUGUGGCCUGCCAGGCUCAUGUUAAUGAGGUCAUUAAGACCAUCAUCAUCCACCAUGAGGUCAUCUUCCCCAGCCCGCGAGAGCUUGAUGGCCCUGUCUAUGAGAAAUGCAUGACUGGAGGAGAGGAGUACUGUGACAGCCCUCACAGUGAACCAGGCACCAUUGAUGAAGCAGACAACUGCACCGAACCACACACAAGCGAUGAUGAGGUGGAGCAGAUUGAAGCCAUUGCAAAGUUUGACUACAUGGGUCGGACUCCUCGAGAGCUGUCCUUCAAAAAAGGCGCAUCCCUUUUGCUAUAUCAUCGUGCAUCUGAGGACUGGUGGGAGGGCAGACACAACGGGGUUGAUGGCCUCAUACCCCACCAGUAUAUAGUAGUACAAGACCUGGAUGAUGCGUUCUCUGAUAGUCUGAGUCAGAAGGCUGACAGCGAGGCCAGCAGUGGACCUUUACUGGACGAUAAAGCCUCAUCCAAAAAUGAUCUGCAGUCCCCUUGUGAACCUUCGCAUGAUUACAACUUUGGCGGGGUCAUGGGCCGGGUUAGAUUGCGUUCGGAUGGGUCUGCCAUUCCUCGACGCCGUAGUGGGACUGACUCUCACAGUCCUCCCCGAGACACACCACCACGGGCCGCCGCCUGCCCCAGCAGCCCCCACAAGGUGGCGGUCACUAGGGGCCACAUAGAGAGUCCUGAGAAGAGACGUUUGGGAACCUUUGGCAGUGCUGGGAGCAUCAACUACCCUGAGAGGAAGGUCUAUCCUGAAGGUCACCCGCUCAGGCCUGUUCCAGGGGCAACAAGACACAGCAGCCUUGGGGACCACAAGUCCUUGGAGGCUGAGGCUUUAGCAGAGGACAUUGAGAAGACAAUGAACACUGCACUUCAUGAGCUCCGUGAAUUGGAACGCCAGAACACAGCCAAACAAGCUCCCGACGUCGUUCUGGAUACAUUAGAACCGCUCAAGAACCCUGUGAGCUCAGAGCCAGCGAGCCCCUUACACACCAUCAUGAUCCGAGACCCGGACGCGGCCCUGAGGCGCAGCAGCAGCUCCACCUCCGAGAUGAUGACGACCUUUAAACCGGCGCUGUCCGCCCGAUUGGCCGGAGCCCAGCUCAGACCUCCACCUAUGAGACCCGUACGACCACCGCCCACACAGCACCGCUCCAGCAGCUCCAGCUCCUCUGGGGUGGGAAGCCCUGCCGUGACCCCUACAGAGAAGAUCUUUCCAAACAAUGCAAGCAAUGCUGCAGCUUCCUCCGCAAACUCGGGCGAGAAACCUGGAACCAUGUAGCCCGUGAUGCAAUGUAGCUACCUGUGCUGGUGAGGGCAAACCGGGGCAUGAUGCUCCAGGAAGGAAGUUCAGGAGUGCUUUUCAUUUCAUUUUCAUUUGUAAUUUUUGAGCCUAGAAGAGUGCGAAGCUGAAGCCUAGUGGUCAGCACACGUGCUCUGAGCUUGUUUGUGGAUAAUAUGAGUUGAAACUGGCUCAGGUGAUCUCAUUCCAUUCUGUUCUUCCCAUAAUUUCCUGUCCUCUCUAUGAAGCCUAAAAUACAAGGAAAAAAAAAAAAAAAAAAAACUUUUCUAGGGUAAAUUUCAUGCAACAGAGCUGCAUUAUAUAAAGUAUAAAAAAAACAAAGGUUUUUUAAUUAUUAUUAAUUUUACCUCAGAAUUAAUAUUAAGUUGUCCUUUUGGGCCUUCUUAUUCUUAUGUGAACUUUAUUUAGAGCAAGAUUAAACACAUUUGUUUUCUCUGCACUGGUUGGCCAGAAGAGUUCUGUAAUUCAGGAGUGAAGAAACUCUCAUUGGAGGACUGUUCUAAGAUAACCGACAAGUCCCUCCCUCAAGAACUGGACUGUACAUAUAAUAGAACCAAACGGUCACUCAAAGACUGUCUAACAUGGCCAGCUACCUUUAAGCUGUUGUAAAUAGAGAUAUACUGUACUUGAACUUGUAAUGCCUUUCGUUUGUAGAAUAAGCGAUAUACAUCUAAGUAACGACAUAGCCGAGCUGUAUACAUAUAUGAGAUGCAGAAAACCAAUAUACCAACUAAUUGUAAGAAACCUGUGGUAAAAUGUAGUUUUACUUGUAUAUAAAUUUUGGGUAGAUUCUUUUUUUAAGUGUCAAUCUUGUACAGCCGAGGACAUGACCAGGCAGGGAGACUAGAAUGGCAAAAGCUUUUACAACCAAUAAGCAAACAAAUCAUGCAUCAAUAGUCAGUCUGAGCCAUUAAUAUUAAUAUUAGUUUGGGAAGUGUUCUUCUUUUUUCCUCUUUUUUUCCUCUUUCCUAAUACAAAAAGCAGUUCUUCAUGCUGAAUUUACACAUUUAAAAGCAUCAUUCUAUAAAGUUACAUGGCUUUAGGGUAUUCCCAUGAGCUCCUUCCACGUUUUUGCAAGCAUCCAUCAAUUACAUAGUACAUAUUUGUAUCCCAUAAUAUAUACUCUGUCAACUUAUUAAAUGAAUAUUACUACUUACUAAAAUAACCAGAUGGUACACAAGUGACCAAAGUGUUGGUGUCCUCAAAAGGGUGAAUCAAACAAUGUGUUCAUGUCACAUUUUGAUGAGAAUUUGUCAUGAAAAUGUGAAUAAUUCAUGACAAAAAAAAUCAUAAUACAAAAAAUCCUCAAAAUAGGUCUCAUAAUCUUAUGCAAAAUAUAUUUUCAUAUUUUUUUCUUUUGUUUUGGGAUGAUCCGGACAUAUUUUAGAGAGAUCCCCCCCACAUUUUUUUCUUGUAUAUUAAAUAUACUAUGCGAAGUACAGCAUAUUUCCAAGUGUAAUGAAUGCUACAUUUAUAAAUCCAUAACGCACUCUCUCUGGUGAGGUUCACAUCUCUCCAACCAAUCUAAAUAUUUAACAGCCUAUACAAUAAUAUCAAAAUCCUAAAAAUAUGCCUAAUUUUCUUAUGCAAAAUAUAUUUUUAUAUUUUUUUUCUCUUGGCUUUGGAAUAAUCCGGACAUCUAGUUGUGAUAUUCACCCAAAAACAGUCUUGUUUAUGUCAGAUAUAUGAUGCAAAGUACAUCGCAUUUCCCAGUGUAAUGAAUGAUACAUUUGUAAACCCAUACCGCACUCUCUCUGGUGAGGUACAUAACCCUCCUCUAAAUCUAAAUAUUCAAUAGCCUAGAGAAACCAGCUCCAACAAGAGAAGCUUCACUGCCCCCAAUCUGUCAUAUCAUCUCCGGUUCAUCUUCAGCGGUACCCCUCCUCCCUGAGCUGUGCUUGAAGAGGGAAUACCCAGUCGUGAACAAAAUUUGCCCGACUGACCUAGAUAUCCACUCAAAUACACUGAACCCAAAGCUUUAAUCUCAUAUUCCCUGAUUUUACAUUAACGGUUUGCCUUAAGAUUUGCCACUUCACGCAGUCCAAUCAGAGUGACUGUAUGUGAAAGCUAGUGUAGCUUGAAAAAAAAAAAAUGAAUUACAUAAAAAUAGACUGAUUACUAAAACAGUACUGUUACUACGCACAAGAAAUAUUCCUUUAUUUGCAUUUGAAGUCAUGCUUGAUCUGUUGCGUCAUACAUUUCUCGUUGAUGCCAUACUGAUUUACGCUUGCGUUAGGAGCAUAAAAAAUUAAAAAUCACUUCCGAGACUCCAUGUCCUGUUGCUGCCAUUUUGCUAAGACUGGUAAUUAGCUUCUGUCUGAAUUCCUCAGCUUUGUAGUAGCAUGAGCCUGUUGUCCGCAUGUGAGGGAGACCGACGUGCACGCGCUUCUCUUUACCAAUAAGCAACACUGUUCAGAGACUAAUAGUGGUGCCUUUCCCUAGAUACAAAGCACUAAAUGCAUUAGCCUUCAGCCACAAGGGAGCGAAGGGAAACCGGGUCUGUAGCUGCAAGGAUUAGGCUCAUCUCAGGAAGUGAUUCUAAUUUUGUUCUUAUAUCUUACCAUAUCACUUCCCAAUAGGCACCAUUUAAACAUAAUACAUGUGUAAAGACUAUUAUUUACAAUUAUUUCUGGAUGUUCAUUUGAAUUCAGUCAUAACGACACUUCUGCAUAAUUUCACCUGGAUGGAUGAGAGUGUAAUUCUAUUUACAGUAAAGAAAACAUGCAUAAUUCAUAAUUCAAUGUAUAAAACAGACUUUUUUGGGUCAUCAUUCUGUGAUUUGAAGUACAGGGUUCCCAUAGAAAACCUGGAAUUUUAAUAAUGAGAUUUCCAGGCCUCAAAAGUCAUUAACAAGAAAGUCAUAAAAAAAAAAAAAAUGAAAUACAGGUAUGCACUUUCCUUGUUCUCAGCAUGAAAAUAAUUGAUUGGCUAGAAAUAAAAUUCUAUAGUAAUUUUAAAAAAGUAUUAAAAAUAAAAAAAUGUGGUGGUGUUAAUAAUAAUAAUACAUCCUCAUCCAGUAAUCAUGAAUUAAUUUAAUUUAAAAUCCCUUUGUGGUGAAAAUUAAAAAAAAACAUGUGGUGUUUUUAAUAUGCUUUAAGACAAACCAUGUACAAAUUCAUUCAAGUCUACACCAUUGCUAAGUAUUUUCUCUUUAAAAAUGCAGUGAUCGAAAGACGGUUUCAAAAAUGCGGUUUGAAAUCACCAGUGUUUCUGAUGUCACAAACUACCUUGUAACCAAUCACGUCAAGGUGUGAUCGUCAACAAGUGGAUCUCUGAGCUGGUGUGAGUGAGUAGAGGCGGAGCUUAUUUGCAUAUUCAUAGAACCACAUGAGGCAAGGAUGUAGAGUUACAAUCAAGCUAUUUUAAGGCAUGAAGUUUUUUUUUUCAAAGGAAAAAAAGUUUAAAUAUGUCAUUUUGGUGAUCAGAGAUUAGUUUUAAGAGAAAAAUUGAUUGACUACAGGUGGAUUUUAAAAAACAAAUAAUGAUAAAAAAAAAAAUGUGUGGGAACCCUGUACCCUGAACCACUGAAGUGUGGUUUACCAGAUAAACCUUUCUCUACAUAUAAGGGCUAAGACAAAUACUGCCCUCUGGUGACCUUAUUUGGCCUAUCCCCACUCAUAGUCUCCCUCUGUUGGUCAGUGCUGGUAUUGCUCAUUCAUUGACAGAAUGUACAGGAAAAAUACAAAUUGUUGGCAGACUUGAAGCUUUUUGGUACAAAUGUGAAAUUGCUACCACAUUUCUCAGAGUUUCUCAUACGUUCUACAGAAUAUCUUUUCUUAGUGUCAUUGUAGGCAUUCUUAACUUUAGCUUGCACUAGCAGCCAUGCACCAAAGGUUCACAUAAAUCAGUGUACGUUGAGAAAUUCACACCCUUGGAUUUUCAUACACUGUCUUUACUCAUGCUGUAAUCAUGCCUUUGAGUGUUAUGAAUUUAAAUACUUGAGUAUCAGAUUUCUGCUCGUUCUGCUGGGAAAAUCAGUGCAUUACUUUCUCACAUAUCUGUUGUACAGCUCAUCUAGUAUACAUAGUGUAUAGUAGCGCUUGUGUAACGAGCUGAUGUUUGAUAAUAAAUGAUAUUAAGUUUACAGAAACUGCCAUCCGUAACAUACUAAAAUAGUCAUGGCCUUUUAAUUCAUGUUGUGUCAUUCAUCUCUGUUUAUCUCUCCUCUGCCAGUGAACUCGAGGCUGUGCUGUGAAAAACGUACACUUUUGCUGUUAAGUUAAAACUUCUACCCAAGCUAAUGCAUUGCAGUAUUUAAGACCGUGUUGGUCUGAUAAUAGGAUGUUGUAUGGUACUUGCACGAUUUCUAAGGCACUUGGUGCAUCCCUGUACUUAAUAGACUGUAUGUGAUGUUACUGGAAGUAUGUUUUGGGAAUGUAUGCUACAUUGGGAGUGUAUUGUACGUAUGCCACAGUGGGUGUUUAUUGUAUGUACGCUAAGAUAACAGAAAAAAAAAAUAGGCUUUCUCCUUCUCUGGACACAAUGUUCAACGGGACAAAAGUGCCGUCUGUCUGUAGUAGUGGGUUGUGAAAACUGUCGUUUGGGUUUUUUCCUCCUCUAAACACUUUUUGUCUAGUGAUGCUGUUCUUAAAUGAGUGUUUGAAUGGUUGGAUUACCCCCCUGUGAUGUUAUCCUACAUCAUCCCACUGUUUGGAUGUGAACCAUUCUUAAGUCCAAAUAAAUACAUUUUUUUUUAACCUUA